AAUUACCAACAUCGCUUCUUUAUGCAACUUAGACACCAUUGGAUGCGGAAGGUUGUGUUACAUUCAAGAAAUAUAAAACUAUUCAAGAAAGAGAAAUACAGUUUACAUUGGCUUCAUAAGGGAGAGAAUCACCUCCAAUCAUGCUGCGGAUACUGAUAGUGGCUCUCUGUGUAGUCCUUGCCCAUGGCAUCACGGUAGAGGAGACGGAGUAUUUCGGCACCACCGGGCUUCCUGAGAGGAAUACUGGUAUAACUGGAUGGGUGACUGUCACAUCCAAAGGAUCGAACUGGGAAAUUCAAAGUAACAACAUACCAGAUCAUGAAACAGGUAUCUUUCCCGGGAAUCACAACCCCAAUACCAUCGUCGAGCAGACGGUUAUCCGCACCGUCCCCAAGGAGCCCGAGGUAGCUACCACCACCACCUGUCUCCCUGGUGGGCCCAUCGCCAUCGCGGUCAACGGCAUCGCCAUCUUCAACCCAUGGGACGCCGACGGCGAGAACGCGGUGGAGGGCGAAGGAGCCGAGGUCUUUGACAUGUGCGAUGGUCAUCCGGAUCAGCGCGGAACAUACCAUUACCACCGGGAGCCAUCCAGCUGUCUCUUCGACGUCAACCCCGGUGUGCCUUCACCGAUGGUCGGUGUCGCCUUCGAUGGCUUUGCAAUCUAUGGCCCCGUCGACGAGAGCGGAAACACACUGACUUCGGCCGAUCUGGACGAGUGCCACGGCCGCGUCAACUCAGACGGAGUCUACCAAUACCACACCACUUCCGACUUCCCCUACAUCCUCGGGUGCUACAGAGGCACCCCUAAGGGUGUCAACACCGGUGGCAGCAACUGCUACAAGGCCGCUGAUGCCGAUGAAGCAGGCAAUAUUGCUGGUGGGAGUGGUGGUGAUGGUGGUGGAGGGGCUCGGCCACCCCCUCGAACACGCCCAAGGCGCUCUGGACCUCCAGCCAACGCCCUGGUACCGCAGAACCUCUUCCAGAGGAGGCUACCAGCAGGAUACCGGGAUUUCCUCCAGAAGGUCAUCUUUAAACGAUAAAAUACAAGACGAGAUUAUAUUCAAUUGAAUUAAUAAUUACAUCACUUACGUAAAUAAAGAAAAAAUACUGCAAUCCAGACAAUUUGAAGAUCUCAUUAUCUUUUUCGGCAUUACACUUUAUGCAAUCUAUACCACAUCAAUUAUGUUUUGUCUAUUGGUCAAAAUAUAUAAAAGAGCUUCUUCACGAAAAGCCGGAUUGAAGCUUGUACCAAGUAAUUCCGAUUUUUUUUUAACAGUCAAUGUCUUUGUUGGCAUAAUUUUCACCGCUGAUGCAUCCUAUCCUUUGAAAAAACGUGCACUGAAUACUAUCAAAAUUAGACCUUUCACAUAAUUGUUUCAGAGUUCUUCAUGAUGAAAUAUGGGUACGAUUAAUGCAUCACUUUAGCGCUCAGAAUGAACACUUAAUAUCUCUGGGAAGAUUGAACUUUCACUUCAGCUUUUAUGUGAUUCUCGAGCGAAGAUAAGCACUCCAUCAUCAGGAUCAUCAUGAUCUUGCUAUUGAUUUAUCAUGAACAAUAUGGCACAUCAGGGAACGCAUGGAAGCGACGUCACUUAGGGAGGAUGGGGGUGAAAUAAGAACCCCAUAAAAAUAAUUACCAAUGGAUUGAUUAUCACUUUCCCACACUGGUUUACGUUUUAUGAAGAAAAAAAAUCAAUCUGUAAAAAACAAACAAUUGAGCCGCAUAUUAGACAUAUUUUGUCUAAAUUAAAUCACACUUUGAAUAAAACUUUCUCAAAAUAAAUGAUGAACCUGAAUGAAACAUCAAA